GCGAAGAGCUACAUGCCACCAGCCAGACGAGAAUCGUCCUCUGCUCCCAUUGCCCAAAAUACCCCACGGGUUUCCCCCUAAACUACUUGGUACGCAGCAGGUCGCCGUCCGUUGUCACCUUGGAGCAACAAGCCAUAGCAGAUCAAAAUGCCACGUGAGGACGGCUUGAUUCUUGAUGGCAGCUGCUGGCAACAGCUUCUUUUAGCUUUCAUAAUUCAGUUUUGACGCAUCUUCAAGUACGGUGAUUGCAAGGUGAUGAAAACCCUGCAGCAUCAAAUGUGGCAAAGGAACACCAUCGUGGUGGACACGAAGCUAUCCUACAAGAACAAGUGCAUCAUGUCUCCAUAUCCUCUUGAUUCCGCUUACAAAAGCGUACAUUGGAAGCUUGUACGCAGAGGGUCCUGCGCUCACCCGCUUGGGAUGUCCAAUUGGAACCGCGCCACAACCCAGCCUCAUGUGGCUCCAAUCCCCAGGAUUGCUCGCUUCUCGCUUGACAUUCUGAUCGCGGACAUUAUAGUUUCCUCCUCCAACCCAUCUUUCAAUGCGUGCGUUGCACUGGACUGGUGUUGGAACUGUACUUGACAUGGGGUAAUACUUCACCUUACCUCCUAGUUCAUUUCACCUGAUCAAUACAAGUACAUUCUUUGGGUCGUGCUGCUGAUUGGAAACAUUAGUAGCUCGCCGCAAUGGAGUCAAGAAGCUCGACGCAAGCGCACAGUCUGUCACAGAAUGGCAACCAUCUGGACUCUCAUACAACAGCAGCAACAAACUCGGACAGAGGGUCGAGCCCCCAACAAAGGUCCGAAACGGGAGAUCUGUCUGCGCGGACGGAAACCCAGUCCACAGGCUACUUUCCAGCGUCCAGUGCGUUGGGGUCCCUAUUCAGCGUAUCGGGUUCAGGGAUUACCUCGACAUCUGACUCUGCCGAUCGUGAAGGAAACCUCUCUAUCGUGAACAGUUCCGGUACAACCAGCUCCAGCCAUUCAAAACCUCAAAGUCUGUUCACCUCUUCGGCAGGCCCGUCGAGACCAGCAUCAAGACGAUCUCGUGAUGGAUCAUCGUUACAUUCUGAUCCAUUCCGCAAGUCAGAUUGGAAGGUGUUGUAUGAACCAGAGUUGCCAGAAAGCAAAACGCGACCAAAAGGAACGAGGGUGAUUAGAUCGGAUGGGAAGCCGCUUAAGGAAGGAGAUCCUGUGAUUGAGCUGCAGGAUCCGCGGUUGGAGAUACUUGACUAUGCUCAAGCAGGUCGUGGUCGAAAGCGAUUGAUGAUUCAUCUUCGGCGAGUCAUGUAUCAGAGCGAUGAUGCAUCAAGUAGGUCCCCCAUUGUGCGAAGCAUCUUCGUAUCUGGACUUCCGUUCUCGAUUACUGCCACCGAACUGAAAACCUUGUUCGAGUCAUUUGGAGACAUUGCCAGUGUCAUCAAUGAGGUGCAUCCACACACUGCUCAGAAUGUCGGUUUUGCCUCGAUCAUUUAUGCCGGCGACGCGCAACAAGCAGCAGCCGCAGCUAGAAGAGCGGUGGAUAGCAUGGAUGGGCAUAUAGUAGAACACAAGCCUCUUCGUGUGCAAUUGGAUCCAGACGGUUCCAAAAAGCGCGCUGCAAUAGAUGAUCUAUUGCGACCACCAUCCGCAGCAGCACACCCUUCCUCUGGCCCGCUGGGUUCACAUCCUACCCAUCCUCCACCUCCACCACAUCCUCCAUUGCCGUACGCUACGUUUCAUCCCCCGCCUCCCCCACCACCACAUCGCCAGCGACCACCAUAUUUUUCGCGCCCCCCAUCACAUAUGCCAGGUCUUCGACGCCCCGUUUGGGGUGCUGCACCGGAGGAUAGGCAUCACGAUUCCCGACCUUACUCUCCACGACGUCCAUAUGACGACCACGAAAGACAUAGCCCAAGGUAUGCGGAUUCUCAUGGUCGUCCACGAAAACUAUCGGGUGAUAUCCUUCCUGUCAGCACACAUGGUGAUCUGGCCGAUCGCGACCGCUCAUUACAGUUUUCUGCCACCUCAAAUGAUGGAACCCUUGCCAGUGCAAAAUAUCCCGCCCAAGACACUGCCGCGAGACGCAUUGAACAUCGAGAUAGUGCUUCGACGGCCAACUCAAAUCUCGAAACAAAUGUACGGGAUGUGCCACCGGCACGCUCAUCGUACACCAUGCAGAACUCACAAUGGGAACGUGGUCGUGCACGUACUCCAGCAGACUCCGACAUACGUCAAAGAGUAUCUGUACGUAGCCCGCUGGGUACAGAUUCUCAGCAAGGUGGCCUUACUCCUCGUUCCACUGAGGGGCUUCUGAAGGCUUCACCAGUAAGGCCACCGGAAACUCCACAAAGCCAGCAAUUGAAGGAAUUGCGAAGGAAGUCCAGGGAUUCCUCUCCGCAUGACACUUCUGGAAGCUCUCGGUUUUCUUCUUCAGCAUCACACUCCGCAAGACCCACCGCAGCUUCUCCCAAACAGGCCGAUUCACGUGAGCCCGGGGAAGUACUAGAGGCAAGUGGUGGAACUCCGCAUCGCAAUCGAACUACCAGCUCCAUCCCUCUAGUCGACUCUUACCGUCCCGGGGCGACGAUGGAUCCUCCAACCUCACGUCGCUCUAUCGUUGAUACUUAUCGUCCUAGUGACAGUACUACUGGCGCUCGCCGUGACAGCGAGUCACGGCAUUCGGAGGGUCAUCGAUCUGUAGCGCUUGAUUCUUAUCGUCCGGGUUCAACAGAUACCUACAUCCCACGCACAGUUUCAAGCGCACGAGACACCUAUGUGCCUCGUGAUAAAUCUCGGGGUAUCAGAGAAAGAAGUGCAAGCCGGGGCCGCAGCCGCAGCCGUGGUCGAUCGCGCAGCCUAUCUCACAGUGGAUCCCGCAGCAGAUCCCGCAGCAGAUCUCGUAGUAGAUCCCGUAGUAGAUCCCGUAGCCGAUCUCGCAGUCGAUUCCGUAGCCUGAGCAGCUCCAGGAGUCGGAGCCAUGGUCGUUUCCGAGACAGAGACAGGUAUCGUGCCCGCAGGGAACGUUCUUGGAGCCGCGACAGAGACGCUUCCCGUGACCGACGGCGGAGCAGCCCUCGACGAAGAAGACUACGGCCAAGCCGCAGUCGUAGUGACAGCUGUAGCCGGGAUCGUCGUCAUAGGAGCAACAGCUCUGGUCGACGGGCAGUCAUAAUAGACUCGUACAGACCAAGUCGUCCUUCGGAUACUAGUCACCGAAGCAAGGAACGUAUUGAUCAAACAUCACGCGAAGAAGUCCAUUUUAAGGGAGGACCUGCAUCUUCAUUGGACAAUGAGAUCAAGAGAGAAGCGGACUUAGUCCAAGGUACGAGACUAGAUGACGAACACACGGGAAAUACAGCUCCCGACGUACAUAAUUGUGACACCGCAGCUCCCGAACUGAAAAGCUGUGAACGCGAAGAGGCACGAGUACAAUCGGAGGUCGAGCACGAGAGCGUCAAGGAGGGUACUCUCGCUGAUAUACCAAAAUAUGCCAUAGCUGAUGGCACUAUACCCAGCGAAACAAACACGCUCGACGUGCUCUUGACUGCCUUGAAAGCAAAACUGCCGGCGGCAUUGGAAAGAGAUGUACGGCAGCUCAAGCGAACGGAAGCCGUGGAACUAUUUCUUGCAAAAUUGCAUGAAAGAGGCGAUGUGUUUCCAAUUAACGCCCUCAGCAAAGCUAUGGAAGUCGGUGGUCCGGCCCAAACGCUAGAAGAGUCCCACAUUAUUCGUGACCGUGCUGCUUCGCAGGCAACUAAUGCGGAUUCAGCCGACCCGGUUGCGGCUAUUGACAUCACUUUGGAUAAGAGAAGCCUUCUUGCCGGAUUACAUAUCAAAAAGAAGAUUCCGGCCAGUAGACCAAAAUCACCUAGCAUAUCUCCACGAUUCUCACCAUUGCCAGCCUCAAUUAACCGGGAGCCGGAGGUAAAUACGAUAGGUCCCUUGAAAAAGGAGACAGAAGCGGUUCAACAUUCGAACAUUACUGUGAAAGCCAAGCGUGCAAGGAUUAUUGAUGAUGAACUGGCUUCUGACCGCGAGAAUCUUGUCAAAACCGGGCGAACCGAAAAGGGCAAACUCGGGAAGCAACUAUCCACAGAUGCCGCUAAACGUAAACACCUCGUGGACAGUAGUGAUGAGGAGGAUGUCGUUGGAUCUAUAAAGCAGACGUCACCGCGUAAGGCCAUCAAUAAAGCUGCUUCAGAACGAAAACGGGUCGAAUAUACCUCUUCUGAAGACGAGCCUGAACCACAGCCAAAACGUCAAAGAGUGGAGUAUAGUAGCGAUGAAGAGAACGUUGCUGAAAAGGAUGCCGCCGAAGGGAUGUCGGAGGAAGAGGUGCACGAACGCGAACGUAAAUACGAAGAAUCCACCCGGGAUGAGCGACGGAAGGGGAGACAAAAGAAAGGGUUCACAGCACCGUCGGCAGAGUUGUCCACUAAAAGAGAUUCAAAGAUCAAGGAUGUAAAACUUGAUGAUUAUCUUAAAGCUCAGCAACGCGCCCUUAAUGGCCUGCGAUCCCGGGGUUCCUUCGACGACCUGUUUUCCGUACAACCAUCCUCAGGUGUCCAAAGCGCAGAUGAAGACGAGGUGGUCCGCGCGGAAGGCACAAUAGAAGCACUUGGAUUACCGGAACUGGAGCCCGCUCGCGAAGAGUCUCUUGGCCUUGAGGAUGACGUUAAAGUCGACAUUGAAGCGGAGGACGCUUCGGCGAAGGAUAAGAAGAUUAAAGGGAAGGCUCGAAGAGGGAAGGCGUCUGCCCCUCCGUGGGCAGCGGGGGCAUCUGCAGCUUCGAGGCGAAAGAAACCCAAGCGCGAACGCGUUGCACAGGUUAACUCCUUCCUUCCGCAAGUACCGCCUGCUCCACCGCCCUUGGAACUUGAAAGUGACGACGACGAUGACGAUUUCGAUGAACUGCUGCAACAACCUAUUGACUGGCCGCCAGAUGAUGACUUUCGAGAGGAGGAUAUGGAUGCGAGUCUUGACCUGGACGAGGCUUCUUUGCGAGAGCGCCUGGAGGCUAUGGGCGAGGAUGAUAGACACUAUCUCAAGAAGGCGCUGGAGGAGGAACAACAAAAACGGCGCCAGAAGAGAGCAGCCAAGAUAGCUGCCCGCGAGGCUCGCGAAGCAAAUGCUAAGGCUACCUGGAGAUGCCCACCAGUACCAGCGCGAGCGCCGUCCCCUGUUGGCUAUCUGCCGCCGGCUCAUACCACCGGAGCAGCUCGGACGGAGGGCUUCUACAAACUUUCUGACGAAGCCAAAGCUUCGGCGGCCAAGGCUCGGAAUGAUGCGGCGGCUGCGGCUGCUAAUGGAGCUGAAACAACCGCACCGUACUCUCUCACCGCCGCUAAGGCAGCCGCCAAGGCCGGAUCUCGAGCCAAUCGCAUUCAUCAUCGACAGCUUCUGGCCGCAAAUGAAAACUUGAGCGAUAGCAUGAAAUUCAACCAGCUUAAAGGACGGAGGAAACGUCUAAAGUUUGCCAAGAGUCCUAUUCAUGAUUGGGGCUUAUUUGCAAUGGAGCGAAUUGAUAAAAACGAGUUCGUUAUUGAGUACAUUGGCGAGAUUGUCCGACAGAAGGUUGCGGAUCACAGGGAAAAGAUCUACGAAAGACAGGGAAUUGGGUCGAGUUACUUGUUUCGCAUUGAUGGAGAUCACAUCAUUGACGCGACUAAGCGGGGGAACAUGGCAAGAUUUAUUAAUCACAACUGUGAGCCUAAUUGUAGCGCCAAAGUGAUAACGGUUGCUGGCAAGAAACGCAUCGUAAUUUAUGCCAAUCGAGACAUUGAAGAUGGCGAGGAGAUUACCUAUGAUUAUCAGUUCCCCAUCGAAGAGGAUAAGAUUCCUUGUCUCUGUGGUGCGCCUGGAUGUCGAGGAACACUCAAUUGAGCCUGGCAGUGGUUGUGCCGUUCUCUGGUAGUGAAUCUAGUGCAGGGCUGUUACUUUUUGGAAUUUAAUGCCGGGUUUGAACCCGAAGUGUAUGGGGAUGUUUACCCGGCCUUGUCAGUGCCAGAAGAUUGCUGAUACUUUCCUCCAUCAACGAUGUAUCAGAUAGAGAAGCAAAUGCAAAUUGAAAUUGAAAAUGAAUAUACAGGAAGGCAAUCAUGCUGUCUAGCAAUAAAGCUAUACAAGUCCUCGAAAGAUUGCACACACA